AUAGCUAGCCAGAUAGAUAUACACACCACACAUUCAAACACCAAGCAACCUACAGAGUUAUCUGUGGUGGUACCCCACAGCUUGUGACUAACCUCUCCUCUCCAACCUCUUUACCUACCGGACCGGACUGUAACAGGCGUAGCUCUAGGAUCCGGUUUGCCGGACCAGGACCUAAACAGGUUCUACACCCAGAUCAUGGAUCUUAACACCUUCUACUUCCUGACCACCACGCUGGUCCUAAUUCUGGAACACCAAGCAUUCUCCAGCUCUGUGCAUGGGCGUAAUUCAGAGGAGGGAGGCCCUCUGACGCAGCUCGUCCACACGGCCCAUCGAAGGCAGAGGCGUUGCUCCUGUGAGAACCUGAAGGAUAAGGAAUGCGUCUAUUUCUGCCACAUUGGGAUUGUCUGGGUCAACACACCUAGUCAGGUGGUGCCAUAUGGAGUGGGCUCCUUCCCAGUUCGAAUGAAAAGAGAGUUGCAUGGCCGAUGUUUCUGUACGGACAGACAAGACACAGAGUGUCUCAGUUUCUGCUGUGCUCUGAGCACACACGUAGGGGAUGAAAAUGCAUCAAUCAAAAGGACAUUUCCCAUCAGGUUUAAGCAAAAGCUCAAGGCCAAGAACACAGACUCUCAGCUCACAUGAGAGGCGAAGAAAAGAGAAGGAGCAUACUGGUAUUGACAGUGUCUUCUGCAAGAAUGGGGAAGUCUUUAGCACUGAGCUAAUUAGCAGUUGCUACAGACACAUGUAACAGACACUAAGUUGGUUUUGAGUGCUUUCAGGACCAGAGGCCUCAUUCAUAACAACCAGUACAUUUCUCACUAUAUUGUGUACUUAUCACCAUCCUACAAAUGCAACAAAAGUUGUGAUUUAAAGCCUGUAACUAUGCAUGGGUCAAUAGCUUGUGGAAAUGUGUGUAGUUUUAUCUCAUACAGUACAUGCCAACUUGUGCAUAGAACGUUUUAUAAAUGAGGACCCUGGACAUCAAACUGUAGAGAUUAGUACCAACAUUAUACGUUUUUAGUCUGAGGUAGAAGGCAUAAUGUUGGAACUUUAUUAUAGUUUAUCUUAGCUGACACUUUUGAUUUUUGAGUUCAAAUGUGAAAGACGUAUGUACCUUAGUGUAUAGACAAUUUCCGAAACAAUUUCAUGUCAACAAUUACAUUUUUUAGAAUGAAGACGUAUGGAGUCAUAAGGGCAUUUUUAACACUCUAGGACUAAAUAGCAAGACAUAUUCACACAAUGUUAUGAAUAAAGGUAGCCUGGCUCAAAAUAUAUUUAAAAAAUGCUUUCCAAUAAAAGAUGGCAGAUUUGUCAUGAAUUAGGGCUUCCAAAAAUGUUCAAAGGGAUACACACACAUGGCCAAUUAUCAUAAACCCCCUCAUUGUGAUAGUGAAACUGCAUCAAAAAAAAAGUGAGGAGGUGCACCUUCCUUUCUGAUGGAAUCAAGACCAGAUUUGGUAUGGAUAGGAUGAGUAUUAAACAUAAGGUUUUGACUCGUGUUUUUGUUGUUUAGUUACUCUUUGGAU